AUGAAGGCUACCGUUGUUUCGACGUUGCUGGCCCUUUCGGUCGCCGUCAAUGGCCACCCGACAGUCGAUACGACCUAUGCGUACAAGGGUCCGGAAGUGCCUGUUGGUGAUUGGGUUGAUCCCACGAUCAAUGGCAAUGGAAAGGGAUUCCCUCGUCUUGUGGAACCACCGGCCGUGAAGCCUGCCUCGUUGCAUCCGACCAACAAUGUCAAUGUCAUUUCUUUGUCGUAUAUUCCCGAUGGUAUUCACAUCCAUUAUCAGACGCCUUUCGGACUUGGGAAGACACCGGCUGUCAAAUGGGGGAAGAAUCCUCACAAGUUGGAUCGUGUUGCGAAAGGAUAUACUCACACCUAUGGCCGCACGCCUUCGUGCUCGCAGAUCAAAGCCAUCACACAGUGCAGUGAAUUCUUCCACGAAGUUUCUCUGGAUAACCUCGAGUCUGGAAAGACUUAUUACUACCAAAUUCCCGGAUCCAAUGGUACAACCACCUCCGAGAUUCUGAGUUUCACCACAGCUCGCAAAGCCGGUGAUCCUACGGAGUUUACUGUCGCUGUCUUGAACGAUAUGGGAUAUACCAACGCCCAAGGUACCCACAAAUACCUAACCCAAGCUGCCAACGAGGGUACUGCAUUUGCUUGGCAUGGUGGUGAUAUCAGUUAUGCCGAUGAUUGGUAUUCAGGCAUCCUGCCCUGUGAGGAUAGUUGGCCCGUCUGCUACAACGGUACGAGCACCACUCUUCCAGGCGGAGCCUUGCCGGAUGAAUACAAGAAGCCUCUGCCAAAGGGCGAGGUGGGCCCCAGGGGGGGCGACAUGAGCGUCCUCUACGAGUCCAACUGGGAUCUUUGGCAACAAUGGCUGGGAAGUGUUACCAAGAAGAUCCCCUACAUGGUUCUCCCCGGUAACCAUGAAGCUGCAUGCGCAGAGUUUGACGGACCAGGAAACGUCUUGACAGCCUACUUGAACGAGGACAAGUCGAAUUCCACCGCGGUCAAGGAGGGUCUCACGUACUACAGCUGCCCACCUUCGCAGCGAAACUUCACGGCUUACCAGCACCGUUUCCGCAUGCCGGGUGCCGAGACUGGCGGUGUGAGCAAUUUCUGGUACUCGUUCGAUUACGGUCUUGCUCAUUUUGUUUCUAUGGAUGGUGAGACGGACUAUGCUAACAGUCCUGAGUGGUCUUUCGCGGAGGAGCUUUCCGGAAACGAAACUCACCCCAAAGAGUCGGAGACUUAUCUGACCGAUAGCGGACCGUUUGGCCGCGUUGGAAAUGUGAAGGAUACCAAGUCCUACGAGCAAUACCAAUGGUUGAAGAAGGACUUGGCUAGUGUUGAUCGAAAGAAGACACCAUGGGUGAUCGUCAUGAGCCAUCGUCCUAUGUACAGCUCCGCCUACUCUUCCUAUCAGAAGAAUAUCCGCGCAGCAUUCGAGGGCCUGAUGCUUGAGAAUGGUGUAGAUGCCUAUCUCUCCGGACACAUCCACUGGUACGAACGACUGUUCCCGUUGGGAACUAACGGAACUAUCGACGUCGCUUCUAUUAUCAACAACAACACCUAUACUACCAACGCUGGAAAAUCGAUGACCCAUAUCAUCAAUGGAAUGGCUGGUAACAUUGAAAGUCACAGUGAAUUCAGCAGUGGCCAGGGCUUGACGAACAUCACUGCCGUACUGAACACAAAGGAGUACGGAUUCAGCAAAUUGACUGUUGUGAAUUCCACUGCGCUGAAAUGGGAGUAUAUCCGUGGUAAUGACGGGUCAGUCGGUGAUAAGCUUUGGCUAGUCAAACCUAGCCAGGAGGAUCACGGUCAUAUUAGCAAGAGUCCUGUUGGUGCGAAAAAGCAUCAUGGUUCCUUCUAG